AGCUAGGCAACACGGUGGUUUAGCGUUGGCCUCACAGUUCUGAGGACCCGCAUUCAAUCCCGGCCCCGCCCGCGUGGAGUUUGGAUGUUCUCCCCGUGCCUGCGUGGCUUUUCUCCGGGUUUGCACUCCGGUUUCCUCCCACACCCCCAAAAAAAUGUGACAUUAAUUGGAAACUCUAAAUUGCCCAUAGGUGUGAUUGAGAGUGUGGCUGUUUGUCUCCAUCCCUGCGACUGGCUGGCGACCGGUUCAGGGUGUUCCCCGCCUCCUGCCCGUUGACAGCUGGGAUAGGCUACAGGACUCCCUGGGACCCUUGUGAGGAUAAGAGGUGAACAAAAUGGAAUGCAUGGAAAUUGUCUCUCAGUGUGAUUGUGAGUGCGGCUGUUUGUCUCGAUGUGCCCUGCGAUUGGCUGGCAACCGGUUCAGCGUGUUCCCCGUCUCCUGCCCGUUGACAGCCCGGGAUAGGCUCCGGCGACCCCCGCCACCCUUGUGAGGAUAAGCGGCAAAAGAAAAAUGGAUGGAUGGAUAUUUUUUUGUACCUCUGUGUCGGUCCAUCCAUUCAUCCGACAAUGAAAUCCUCUUUGACGUGAUUUGAAUUAUCGCGCUGCCUUUUCAGCGUUUGUCCUGAUCGUCGUGUCCUCGCCCAAAUGCGACUUCCUGGGAAAGCAGGCGGCGGGUUUGUGAGCCCCCCACUCACUCGGCAGUGAUCAUGGCAGCCGUCGGGGUUCCGGUCCUUCUCCUGGCCUUGCUGCUGGGCGCUCGGGGGGACGUGAGGGCCCGAGACCCCGAGGUGGAGCGGGAGGAGGGCGAGGCAGAGGACUGGGGGGCGGCGGCGGCGGGCGUCAUCAGCGCCACAGAGGAGACCCCCCUGAUGCAGGAUGGAGGGAACUACCCGGCCCGAAGUGGGAACUGGUGUGCGUUUGUGCAGAAGCGAACGGUCACCGUGGCGGUGGCGUGCGGGACGGAAAAGUACACCAUCAAGUCCCAAAGUCCGUGUCCGAGCGGGACCCCGGACUGUCAUCUGAUCAUGUACAAGCUGUCCACUCGGCCGCUCUACAGGCAGAACCAGAAGGUGACCACGGCGCUGUUGUGGCGAUGCUGUCCGGGACACGGAGGGGACAACUGCGACGACGCAGCCGCCGAUGCACAGACCGACUCUGCGACCUCGCCUCAGAUCGGAGGAACUGGAGUCCAGAGAGCGCCCGGAAGUCUCCACGCUGCUGGCGUCUCGACCCAGCAACAGCGCAGCGAUCCAAACAGAGAGCAGAACGACCACCAGGGGUCAGUCAACACGUCGCACAGCGUCAGCCGUGCACAAAGUCACGAGGACCGCGCUCGGCAUCAAGACCGUGUUCAGCAUCCUGUCCACGUCCCAAGUCAGGAGCACGCCCAGUAUCCCAUCCGUGUGCCAAAUCAGGACCACGUCCAGCAUCCCACCCGUGAACCCCAUCGGGACAAUGUCCGGUAUCCCGUCCGUGUCCAGGAUCCGGACCCUGAACCGAAGCCUACCUUAGUCCAGCAACCCGUCCACGGCCAGAAUCGGGAGCACGUCCCGCACCCUGCCCGAAAACACGACCAGCAGGAGCGCCUCCAUCCCGGCUCGUACGAGGACGCAGCGCCUCCUGUCUCACGGGAGGCAGCCGCCGUCGCCGCCCCCGCAGCGCUGCCGCUCCCCCACAUGGUGGCGCUGCUGAUGUCUCAGCUGCAACCCACCCUGCAGCACUUCAACCGCUCGCUGGAGCAGCUCGGGCGGCGGGUGGACCAGCUGGCGCGGGACGCGACGCGGCCGGAGAGCGACGAAAGCCUCCGGCGGGAGGCGGCCCUGCGGCAGCAGCUGGAGGGCGAACUGCACUCCCAGCAUGCAACGCUGCAAUACAACAUCACCAACCUGAAGACCGACCUCGACCUCAAGAUCAAACGACAGAACAAGAUGCUGCACGCGAGCCUGCAGGCCCUGAACGCCAGCCUGGCCGAGAUCAAGCUGGAGCAGGAAGUGGAGCAAGAGCAGGAGCAGGAGCAGGAACGGAAAAAAGAGCAACAGGGAGCGGAACCGGGCCCUCCCCCGGAAGGGGUGCGCCUCACUAUGUCGGAGAUCCCCGCCCCAACCGCCGUGUGGGAGGCCAUCGAGCGUCUGGACAACAUGGUGGUCAACAACAGCAUCAAGGUGGAGGAGCUUACGGAGAACGUGGAGGUGAUGUUGAGCGGCCUCCGGCAUCUGCGGCGCGAGGCCGAGGCGCUGCGCGACCGCGUGGACCAGACGGCGCGCUCCGGCCAGGUCCAGUUCAUGGAGACGGGCCUGGAGGUGGAGGCGGCCAAGGUGGCGGUGCUGGACCGCGUGGAGCAGCUGGCGGGGAACCUGACCCGGCAGGGUCAGCGGCUCCAAGAGAUGGACGUGGACGUGGACUACCUCUACUCCGUCCUCUACAAGAACGACUCGUCCGACUGCGACUGCCGGCGCCUGGACGAGGCGCUGGGGCGGCUGCAGGGGGGCGUGGUCAACGCCACGGAGUUGGCCAAUAAGAACCGCCUGGCCCUGGAGGAGGGGCGGCGGCGGGAGGCGGCCCAGCGGGCGCUCCAGGGAAGCCUGCAACAGGUGAAGGAGUGGAUGACGGCAGAGCGGAGCCGGACGACGGCUUUGGAGUCGUCCGUGCGCCGUCUCAGCGUCCUGGUGCGGGAGGUCCGGGCUCAGGCGGAGACCCGGGGGAGCGCCGACCCGCCGGCGUCCGAGGAAAUCGAGCGCGUGCUGGCGGAGAUGAAGCGCCUGUCGGCGUCCUUCAACUCGCUGCUGAAGGACGCCAUCCGCCACAGCGACGUUCUGGAGAUCCUGCUGGGCGAGGAGGUUCUGGAGUUCCUGGAGUGGCCCGUGCAGGACCAGGAGGCCCACUCCAUCCCGGCCCUCAAGGAGAACCUGAGGGUCCUCCGACAGAUGCUCGGCGGACGCAACCUGAGCCUCGCCGCCGACGAGCCGGGAGGCGCGGAGGAGGCGCCGUCGGCUGACGAACCGUCGAGGUGGUCGCCGGGCGUCGCCGGAUGGGGGCAACCGUCCGGGGACGGCGGCGACCUGUGGAAGCUGGAGAGGAGCGUGGAGGAGCUGAAGGUGAACCUGCGGCAGAUGGAGGAGGCGACCUGCUGCGGGCCCGCCGAGGAGCGGCGGCAGGAGGAGGCGACGUCGGCGUUGCGGGCGGACGUGGCGCAGCUCAGGCGAGGCCUGGAGGAACACCUCAGGACCUUCGAGAGCGUCUUCAGCAACGCCGACGUGCUGGAGAGGAGCCGCGUCGCGCUGGAGCUCGACAAACUCCACCGGAUCCUCGUGAACAAGGAGAAGAAGAAGAAGAAGAGAGAUGGAGGACGUCGGAGUAGGAGGGUGGCGCCAGACGUUCCCGCCGGCGGAACCUUCCGGGCUCCCGUCGACGGCGUCUACGUCUUCACCCUCGCGGUGGACGUGAAACCGCCCGGCGCCCGCGCGACAUCGCGGCCCGUCGCUCGGAGCGCCGGGCUGAGGCUGCGCGAGGGGGAGGAGCUGAGACUGGAGCUGCGGGGCGGGGAGUGGGCGGAGUCACGAGACGGCACGCCGAACGUGGCGCGGCGGCCCCGGGGAACCUGAGGGCGGCGCGAGCGAGGAAAGACUCUGACUGAGAUGCCCAAAAGAGAGGACGUCACUCGCCGAGCGAAUGACCCCAAAAAAAGAAAAAGUUUGAAAAGUCGCCAACGUCAGCUCGCCGACAUUUCUCAACACGUGACUUUUACUUUCGUUUCCGAGAGAAAAUUAUUGCUCUUCCUGAUGUGAAUUUCAAAUAAAUUCUUCUUUUUCCACACAAAAAUCAUAUUUGAAUACUGCUUUGGCUUUUAGCAUAUCGACUACGCAAUAUUUUGUUAUACACAUAAAUAUUUAUACAAUGUAAUGUAUAAUAAGAAUAAGUUUACCGUGCAUAAUAAUAAUAAAAAUAUAUUUUACGUCAAUUUUGACGA